GCAGCUCUUCGUCCUCCGCAUCUCUGCCUCUGGUCCAGGGAUGGAGCCGGGAGGGGGAGCGGCGGCGGCGGCGGCGGCGGCGGGGCGGAAGCGCCUGAGGUUGCACUUGAUAACCUGGAAUGUGGGCACAGCAUCUCCCCCUACUGAUGUUACCUCUUUGCUUCAACUCAGUUUGCAAGGCCUGCCAGUGGACAUGUAUGUUAUUGGUUUACAGGAAGUGAACUCCAAGAUUGUGAAUUUCCUGUCUGACUUGGCUUUUGAUGAUCCGUGGAGUCUUUUCUUCGAGACGAUUCUCUCUUCUCUGAGCUAUGUCAAGGUCUCUUCCAUCCGAAUGCAAGGCCUCUUGCUCCUGAUCUUUGCAAAGCACGGCCACCUCCCCUACAUACGGAACAUUCAAAGCCAGUUCACCCGCACAGGCCUGUAUGGAUAUUGGGGAAACAAGGGGGCAGUUUCCAUUCGUAUGUUUCUCUACGGGCACGCAGUCUGCUUUGUGAAUUGCCACUUGCCAGCCCAUAUGGAGAAUGCCGAUCAACGGCUGGAUGAUUUUGAGCACAUUCUGGAAUUGCAGCAGUUUGAAGGCGAGAAGGUUGCUGGUGUCCUGGACCAUGAUGUUCUUUUCUGGUUCGGUGAUUUAAACUUCCGGAUUGAAGACUAUGGGCUGCAUUUUGUCCGAGAGUCAAUAAACAACAACAGAUUCAGCCUCCUUUGGGAAAAAGAUCAGCUAAACAUAGCCAAGAAGAAAGAGGCCUUCCUUCAGGAAUUCAGAGAGGGGCCGCUGCAGUUCAAACCCACCUACAAGUUUGACCUGUACUCCAGUGAGUAUGACACCAGUGGGAAGAAACGGAAGCCUGCUUGGACAGAUCGGAUUUUGUGGAGGUUGAAAAGCCCCUUGCCCCAUGCUUCAGAAGCAGGGGAGAUGCCAGAAGAGCAGGCCAUUUCUGUGUCUCUGCACAGCUAUGCCAGCCAUAUGAGUUACAGUAUCAGUGACCACAAGCCUGUGACAGGGACCUUUGGGUUGGAGCUGAAGCCGCUGGUAUCUGUCCCGUUGGUCACCCUACAUCCCGUGGGCAAGUGGAGCACUGAACAGGAGGCGACGGUCAGCUACUCUGCUCUUCCUGAAUUUCCACACAGUGCCUGGGAUUGGAUUGGCCUGUACAAGGUGACAUUCAGGCAUGCCAACGACUAUGUGAUCUAUGCCUGGGUGCAAGACAAUGAAAUUUCCUCUGGGGAGGAUGCUAAGCAGGUUUAUCUCAGCACCGAGGAGCUCCCCAUGGCAGGAGGGCAGUUUCUCCUGGGGUAUUACAGCCACAUAAUGCAGUCCAUAGUUGGCCUUAGCCAGCACUUCCAGAUUCAGCCAAGCAGAACGUUGGCCGAGAAGGACCUGGCGUUGGAUGGAGAGGCUUUGCAGUGUGGAGCUACAGAAUGAGUUCUGAAACGUGCACCGGUGAUACGUGGCUGAAGGGCUCCAGGGACCGUUGAUGGAGGAAGUGACGGAAUUUGCUGAGGGGCCUCCUCAAGAGUUAGGGCAGUUCGGAGCAUUGCUUCUUAGGUAAUUCCUAUCACUGUUGCAGGAAGUCUACUCGUGCCCUACACUGAUACUAGAAAAUCAACAGCUGGAAAAUAUUGACUAAUCAUUGGGUUAUUGGCAUCCUCCUUCCAAUGGCAAACCAGGGCAGAAGGACCUGCGGCAUCUCCCUUUUUCCAGAGGCCAUUGCAGGACUAAGACAAUUCACUGAGAUAUUGUUAGUCAGGUAGUGCUUCCGAAGGUAACUUCGUAAUAUUCAAGAGAGGCACUUAGAAUUUAAUAGGAAACUGACACACACUUAAUUUUUUUAGCAGGAGACAAAACAUAAAAUCAGCUGUGAUGCAUUAGUUGGUAGAAGCAAGUCAUCUUGAGACAGCGGAAGGAAGGAAGAAGGCGAGCCUGUGGCUUGCCCGGCAGUUUUCUUGUGGCUUUGUCUUCUGUUCCCUGCCUCACAUGCCCCAUUGCUUUAGUCCUCUCCUGGAUUUGAGUGCUUGAAAGGCUGAAAGCAAAUGUACAUCCACCCAGCUGACCUUUGAUUUGCUUUUGAGAGCCCUUGAUGGUCUGUUUUUUAUCAUUAGCAGGAAGUUUUACAGGGCCGAGCCACCUCACUGGAUUUUCUUCAAGCUCCAUCAUUUGAGAAUGAGUUUGGGUGGCGAUCUCUUCCUCUGCCCCUUCCCAGGAGUGAUGCAAGAACCAGAAGGCCGUAGCUUUCAAGCUUGAUAGCCCCUGUUCUGAUUCAGCCCCUAAUCGGGACAGUACUUACGCCUUUGCAAAUGUUCACUCCUGGGAGAAUUUGCCAGAGGGCAGCUAGUGGAAUGACAUGAGUGUAGUGUCGCUAUAGGUUUGUGCGGUUUCUGGUUCUAGAUAGUGUUGGUGGCACUGAAGAUCCCUGUUGAUGGUGGGAAAUCUAGCUGACACUGUCACACUGAAAUCUUUGCACUGUCUGUAAAAUAGACAAGGCGAUCCAUCCUCUGUGUGACCAGUUCCCUGGGCCCAUUUGUGCAGGCUGAUUUUACAAGCAACCAAACCAGUGUGGCAUUGAUGUGGCUGUUAUUCUCUCUGUCUGCUUCUGUGUAGGGCCUUCCUCCACUUUGUACAGACUCCUUGUUGCUUGUGUGAAUUCCACUCUUACACAUCUCUUCUCCUGAAGUCAUUUGAGGCAGGUGGAGUGGCAGAAGAGGCAGACGGGUGUAGCGCUGGCUGAGAUCAAAAGAUUUGUGUAGAGAGUAGGGGACCCAAGUGAUUAAGGACAUUCGAGGGAAGAACUGAGGGCAUUGUUAAAAUGCAGCCUGCAAUAAGCAGUAGAGGUGAGUGGCGUUCCUUGCCUGGGAUAACAUACCAGUGCUUGCAGUUAUUUUAGCCUAGAUAUUCUUGUUGUGUAACAGUAUCUUUUCCCAAUGUUUGGAGGAGAAUGUGGAAAUUCCUGGUUUCGUCCCCUUCCCAGCUGGUGCUUCUGGGGUUGGAGCAGGGUCUUCUUUUCACAGAUGUAAACUUGGACGGCUUUUAAACAAUUGCAUUUUCUCACUUGGCUGGUAAGUGGUUACCAGCUUAGCUUCGGUCACUGUCCAAAGGAUUUUAAAGUAGUGCAUACGCAACUCUGAAUGUAGAUUGCUGCUAGCUGAUGCAGGGUUAUUUGUUUUUAAAUGUCAAAUGUCCGAAGGGACAGAAGUCUGGCUGGCUGGCACCAACCAAGCAUCUUUGCUUUUUUUGUAUCAUGCACCUGGGCUUUGGCAUGUGGCCAAGACAGGAAGUUCUUUGGAACUAAAUUGCAUUAAAUGGGAAUAUACUGAUAAAGUAUUUAUGCAGGUUGCUUUGUGACAUGCUUGGGCAUCCCUUUGUUGGAGCUUUUUAGAUAUUGCAAUAAACAAUACUGAGCAAUUGCUAAGGAAU